AUUUACACAAGGACAUCUGAACAGUGGAUGCAGUUAGUGGCCAUCACUUCUACUCCUCAUUCCUUUAUUCAGGUUUAUUUCUCCAGUGUGGCAGUGCAGACAUUUGUCAUCCAUCAUGAUGGACAAAAUGUUACUGAGUGUCCUGUUUUUUUCGAGCUCUGUGAUUGGUUGUGUUGAUGAUGCGGGCCUGUUCAUUACCGCACCGACACUGAUGGAGGCUCUGAACGGAUCCUGUUUACAUAUUCCCUGUAGCUUCACAGCUAAAAAUGAAGGCAGCUUUUCCAGUGGAAAACUUAUCGGAGUUUGGAUGAAAAGUAACCCAAGUUUCUCGACAUUUCCACAAAAUGUGAUUUUCAACAGCAGUGAGAAAACGAGCGUCUAUCCCAUGACCAUAACUGGCGAUCUGAAGGGGAAAAACUGCACCACUUUGUUUUCAGGCAUAAACCAAAGACACGCAGACACAUAUUACUUUAGAAUUGAACACGGUCAAUUUAAGGCUUCGGCUAUUUGUGAUGCUCUUCAAAUAAAUAUAAAAGAUUCUCCUUGGAGUCCCAGCAUUAAUGUUCCCUCUGACCUGAAGGAGCAUCAGUCUGUCACUGUAACCUGCUCAGCUUUCACUCCCUGUCCAAACUCACCUCCUGAACUC